AUGCCAGCGGUACAGUAUUCAGAGCCAGCGAACGCUGGUGGGCUGUCUUACGAGCCUGGCUCAGAGGAGAGGAAGCUCUUGAAAGCUGCCCUUGCGGAGAUGGAAAGCACGGUCACCGAGAUCCCGAGCAUUAUCAACGGUGAACGCAUCCUCACUGGCCAUAAGAGCAAACAAGUCAACCCCUGGGACCGAUAUGGCGCCCCCUUGGCAGAGUAUCAUCAAGUGGAUUCGGAGACCAUCAAGGCGAAGGCCAUUAUAGGCGCCCUAGAGGCGAGGAAGAAUUGGGCCAACAUGUCAUUCAAGGACCGUUCUGCCAUCUACAAGAAGGCUGCAAAACUUGUCGAGUCGCCCAAAUACCGGUGGAAGCUGAUGGCGGCAUCCAUGAUCGGCCAAGGAAAGACGUGUGGGCAGGCAGAGGGCGACUGUAUCGCGGAAGUCAUUGAUACUCUGAAUUUCCAUGUCUAUUUUUGCGCCCAGCUUUAUGACCAGCAACCCCCCAAGCAAUUCGACUCGUCAACGAGCCGGCUUGACUACCGACCUCUCGAAGGCUUUGUGCUUGCUAUUUCGCCUUUCAACUUUACCGCGUUGGGAGCACACAUUGCUUUCACGCCGGCUCUGUUAGGAAAUGUCAUCCUUUGGAAGCCCUCGCCCAUGGCCGUCUUGUCGAACUACAUACUGUACCAAAUUAUGGAGGAAGCGGGUAUGCCAAAGGGCGUUAUCCAAUUUUUACCCAUGGAGGAUCCGACUAAAGUAGUUGAGCCAGCCGUCGCCAGCCCUCAUUUCGCCGGUCUGCAUUAUACCGGGUCUUCAGCUGUCUUGCGAGCACUCUGUACUCAGAUCGGUACAAAUACAAACAUAUACAAGAAUUUUCCACGGGUUGUUGGGGAAAGUGGCGGCAAGAACUUCCAUCUCAUCCACAACUCCUGUAAGGAUGACGUCGACUGGUUGGCGUCCGCUGCAGUUCGUUCGUCGUAUGAGUUCCAAGGUCAAAAGUGCAGUGCUCUGUCCCGUCUGGUUGUCCCGAAAACUAUGUGGGAGCAAGGUGAUCUGAAAAAGGCGCUGGUGCGAGAAGCAUCUAAGAUGACACACGGCGAUGGUGUCAAACAGCUUCAUCACCCUCUAGGCCCUAUGAUCUCAGAGGCAGCUUUUCAGCGGUUUGAACAAUUUGUCCAGCGCGCCCAGGAAGACGGUCAUGAACUAAUCUACGGCGGCAACACAGACGGCAGCAAGGGAUUCUUUGUUCAGCCUGCCAUUUUUGAAAUGAAGUCGACUGUCAAGGGUCUAGAGUCAGAUCUAAUGACCAAAGAGCUCUUUGGACCCCUCUUCGCCGUUCAGACGUACGAUGAUGCAUCGCCCACUGGCUUUGAGGACGUAUGCGAGCUGAUUGAUAGCACCUCGGAGUAUGCUUUGGCAGGUUCUGUCUUCGCCCGCGAUAGGAGGGCUGUCAAAAUUGCUGAUGAGAAGCUUCGUGAUUCGGUUGGGAUGUUUUGCAUCAAUGACAAGAGUACCGGCGCCAUCAUCGGCGCGCAUCCCUUUGGUGGAGCCAGGUCCAGCGGCACAAACGAUAAGGCAAACUCGAUGAAUGUUCUGCUCAGAUUCUCAAGUAUUCGUUGCGUCAAAGACUCCUAUAUCAGCAGUAGCAGCACCCUGAGUGCCUGCCAUGUUCCAGAGUAG